CCAAUCAAAUCGGAGAGCUUUGCUUCGCCUCGCCGGUCCAUAAAUACCCCUAACUGGCCGCGGCCGGCUCAAAGAAGGAAUCCAUGGUUCCGAUUGCCCCUCCGCCGGCGGCGCCCAUCGGGGGGCAGUGGGAGGAGGGCACGGGCGAGAGCUCCUCGCCGCCCAGGUCCUCCGCCGCCCACGAGGAGCUGCGGCGCAAGAUAUACGAGCGCCUGGUGCAGGCCGGCAAGCAGGGGGACUCUGAUGACGCCUCGUUCCGGGAAAUGCUCUACGCCCACUUCGACAAGCUGCCACACAGGUACCUGACGGACCUGGGUGAAAGCAAGGCCGAGGAUGUGCUGCUCCACCGGGAGGUCCUCCAAGAGUGCGCUCGCAACGGCAACCAGCCCGUCUUCCGAGCUCGCUUCCUCAAGUACAUGGCAGUUCAACCGGAACGGGUGGAGACCAGUCCCGACUCUGAUACAUAUCAAAGGUUAUUGGAAGACCUCACUUUGGAGAGGAUACAUGGCGCCGACACCAUGGGCUCUCUUUCUUCGCCAUCAAGGGAUUCAGAACCUGCCCUUCUUCAUGAGAUCAUCUUCUCUUCCCAGGACAAGCCCAAGCUCCUUGGCCGGCUAACUUCGUUGCUAUCUGAAGUUGGACUAAAUAUUCAAGAAGCUCAUGUUUACUCCACAACUGAUAGCUUUUGUUUGGAUGUUUUCGUUGUUGAUGGGUGGAAGACAGAGGAGACAGAGGCGUUGAUUGUGACAAUUGAGGACACAUUAAUGCAAAAAAAUGGAGCACCACCUAACUCAGCAAAUUCUUCAUCCUCGGAGAAAAUACUUGAGCUGCGGCAACAGCUUCUGGAUUGUGAAAUCGACUGGAACACGCUAGCAGUGGGGGAAAAGAUCACAUCUGGGUCUUCUGCAGACUUAUAUAGAGGAACAUAUAAUGGUUUGGAUGUUUGCAUAAAGAUACUCAGGAGCGUACAUCUCAACAGUCCUUCAGAAGUUGAGUUCUUGCAGCAAGCGCUCAUGCUAAGGAGAGUUAAGCACGAAAACAUCCUUACAUUUUAUGGGACAUGCACAAGGCAUAAGAAGUAUUUAGGCACUAUAACAGAAUACAUGCCUGGAGGGGAUUUAUAUGGAUUUAUACAUGAGCAAAAUGAUGUUUUAGACCUCUUUCUGAUUCUAAGGAUUGCUAUCAGCAUCUCAAAAGGAAUGGAAUAUCUGCACCAGCAUAACAUAAUCCAUAGAGAUCUGAAGACUGCAAACAUUCUCAUGGGCGACAAUCAUGUUGUGAAGAUUGCAGACUUUGGUGUGGCUCGACUUGGUAGUCAGGAGGGACAAAUGACGGCUGAAACUGGAACUUACAGGUGGAUGGCACCCGAGAUUAUUAACCAUAAGCCUUAUGAUCACAAAGCGGAUGUAUUCAGCUUUGCUAUUAUUCUGUGGGAGUUGAUUACAUUAAAGGUCCCUUAUGAUAACAUGACACCCUUGCAAGCUGCAUUGGGAGUGAGGCAGGGGUUGCGCUUGGAGAUCCCGGCAAGUGUGCACCCGGGAUUGUCUAAACUGACCGAACAGUGCUGGGAUGAAGAUCCUGAUAUAAGACCUGUUUUCACGGAGAUCAUUAUACAACUUGAGGACAUCUUACAGCAGAUUCAGGUGCCCAAGGGAGGCCAUCGACGUUCUAGAGCAAAAAUGCAAAAGAAAUCACCACGAUAGAAGAAAGAAAAGAAAAGAAAAGAAACCGAAUUUAUAAAUUGCUAAAAGAGCGAUAAAGCACCGACAACCAUGCCAAAGGUUUCAACUCCCCUAUACGGCAUGAUCGGUUUAGCAGGGCUCUGCAAGGAUCAAAGGGGUUUAACUGGGCUAAAUCCCUAGAGAUACCUGGGUUUAACUGGAUCAAAGAGGUUUCCAUCCUUGCACUAUGGUGGCAUCAGAAAGCUGAAACUAGAAAGAUCACCUGGUAGCUUUGUGCAGUCUCUCCAAUUCCAACAGGACGCCGACAUGCCGUUGUGUGAUAGGGUUAGAAUGUCCUCUCAUUCCUUUCUGUACGUGUGUGUAGCAGCGUUUGUAACAGUUUCUCGCAGCUUGUAGUUCCUUUUUUUCCAUUUGAAGAGGUAGUUCCUUUUUCCA